AUGUACGCCGUAUGGAAUUCGGCCGAAGAGUAUGGCGCCGGAGCAACAUCGCCCUCGACGGCCGACACACCGGCGGCGAAGAGACGUCGUGUGUCGGAAAACCUAAAUGGUCGCCGGACUGCUAAGGCAACGCGUGCUUGCGACCUGUGCAAGUCGAAGAAAGCCAGAUGCUCUGGCUCCAAGCCAUGUACGAAGUGUUCAGCCCGAGGUCUAGAGUGCACUUACGAGAGCCAGUAUCUUCGUGGCCGACCUCCGACGCCGCCUUCGUCUACUAUCGAGGUGAGCACGAGGAUUCAAGAACAGCAAGAACAGAACGAGGCUACGAAUGCAUCACGUCGCUCUCCGUCCGGUGAUGCUGAUGAGCAGCAUCCAGUCAGUCUGUCACGGAGUUCGCCGGAGCUGGAGGCGGCUGAGAUCAAUGGUCAGUACGUGGAUCGUACCUCCGGACUAUCGUUCCUGGAGCGUGCCCGAUCACGACUAAAGCAACGUCAUUCAAGUCGCAUCGAAGGCUUUCACCAGCCAUUGACUGCAGCUGGGGACAAGCCACUUCUGGACUCAACACUUGACGGUAGUUCUACAAGUCCAGCUGUUCUGCCUAACAUCCCAGAUCAAGACCGCGCGACUGAACUGCUUGACCUUUACUUCGAAAUUUGCGUUGCUUCGUACAAGCCACUUCAUAGACCAACAGUCGAUGGCUGGUAUUCAACUUUGACUCAGAAUAUUGCCCAAGGAAAGCCAAUGACAGAGAGUAUCGGCAAUGCUAGAGUAGCAGUGUUGUUUGGAGUCUUUGCAGUAGCCACGUACCACGCCCAGAAAUCUAGCGGAGUUUCUGAUGAUGUAGCGUCGUUAUCAACCAGCGACUCGUUCUUCAGGUGCUCCACAGCACUUACCGAGACGGAAACAGGUACACCACAUCUGGAAUCCGCGCAGGCACGCCUUCUACAAGUCUUCUAUCUGCUGGCAACUUGCCGCAUGAACAGAGCUUGGUACAUAUUCGGGAACUUGAUACAAAUCCUCUCAGCCUUAGGGAUGCACCGGCGAAGCCGCAGACGUUUACAGCAAUCGCGUUCGGCAUCGGAGUUUAUCUACGCUCAAUGUCGGAUACGCACCUUUUGGAGCACAUACAUUCUUGAUCGAUAUAUGGGCGUUGUGCUUGGACGGCCUCGGCACUUCCACGACAAAGACAUUGAUCAAGAUUAUCCCGCUCGAAUUGAUGAUAACGACCAGGAAACUACCUCCUCAAACUAUGAAGAGUUGGACAGCGAUAGCGAGUGUCAUCUCGAUGGAUUCAUUUGGAACAUCAAACUUGCUCAGCUUGUGGACGAGAUAUCUGACAGCCUGUACGCUAUCAAGCCAUCCCCUGAAGUAUCUCGAAUUGAAACUGCUCGCGCCUUCGCAGCAAAAUUGGAGAUUUGGCACCACUCGCUACCGGCACUAUUGAAAGCGAAACCUACCAGUCUGGCACGAGGUUUUCGACGUCAAUGCGUUGCAGUGAAGAUGGCACAUCAGCAUGCGAUAUUGCACCUGUAUCGGCCUUUCCUGCUGGGACGUUCACGCGCCGAACAUUUGUCAGCCGGCGACACGAUGCUUUCCUUUCGAAAAGAAAGCAUACGCCACUGCAUUCAAGCUGCUCGAACAGUCAUGCGCACAACAGAUGACUUAGCUCGGGAAGGAAAAAUAAUACACGCCUACUGGUGGACUCACUACGUGGCGUUCUGUGCGCUGACAGUCACCUACAACCAUCUUGCUCAGGCGACAGCUACAAACUCUCCGAGUCGCAGGUACAGCAUAAUUCUUGAGGAGCUCCAGAGCCAGGUUCUCGUCCAGCGGUCCAGCAACACGCGAAGAUCGUCCAAAAUCGAUAACGCGAAUGUACCUAUUGCUCUUGCCGGCGCCAUAGAGAGUGGAGAGACAAACAAUGACAUGAGGGCAUCGACAUUGAUGGCUGAUGUCACGGUCCAUGAUCUGCCCCAGAGCGGCGACACGGAUUUCAUGUCUGAUGGGCUUCAUGAUCCCUUCAUGGAUUGGCAAACGUCUGACUGGCUGGAACUAGAUGCAUCGGCUUAUGGUGUCAUCCCAGGUCUGAGCCCAGAUUUUCAAUGGCUACAUUCAGCAUGA